UUCGGAGCGCUUGUAAUUCCGCCCGCAAACCAGGGCAAACGGCGGCAGGCGGCGGAUGCACGGCGCCGAUCGCAGGUGUCGGAAUCGUCGUCGGGGCGAUCCUCUGCCGCAGUAGUCUGAAGUCGCCCCCUUACCACCGCCGCCGCCGCCGCCGUGGUCGUCGCGCGUGUUUGUCACCAUUCGCGCGUAACUUCUCGCGGCACGCGCGACGCCAGGAGAUCGCAUUGUUCCGUAUCGCGGGCCGCGUUGUCGUUAGCCGUCGAGUCGCGGCUCUCACUCGCUCGUGUCCUUCGAGACCGUGCGAGAGCGAGCUGUGAGUGAGCGAGCGAGCUGAUAGAUCUACCACGGUAAUCGGCCCGUCGACGACGCAUCGUCCUGCGAGCUCUCGCCGUCUCCUCGUGACCGACCCCGCAGGACCACCCUCCGCUCCGGACAUGCCUAUGCUGUUGCAGUCGUCGGACCCCUUGCUGGUGAGCGAGGAGAACGACAGGGCAGACCUGGGAUUCGAUCGAGGCGCGUCGAUGAAUCACCCGGAUCCGGUGCAUCAUCAGGACACGAUGCAGAAUCGGGAGCGCAGCAAGCUGUUGCUGCGGAAGCUCAACCAGAACCGCGAGCGGGAGCGCGGCAAGGAGCGCGAUCAGGAGCGCGAGAGAUUGCAUCAGUUGCAGUCGAUCAACAAUCUGCUGCUGGACCUACCGCCGCCGCCUGCGCAUAUCUCCAGUUACUCCCAAGAGGUCCCCUCGUCGCAGUCCGACAAGAACAACACCGACGGCGACAGCGCGAUCUCGGAUAUGUUUGGAUUGGGUUUGCCCCGGGGAUCGUUGAUGGGAAGCCAAUCGGCGGCGGUCGGCUCUCCGAGUUACCGUAAUUAUCAGUAUUACGGUCAAGCUCAGGGAUCUUCUGCCUCUCAGCAGCAGCACGAGUGCCACCGCAACCACGGCUUCUGCUCGAACUCCUCGACUCUGGACACACCGAGCUCACCGAACUCUGCGACCGCUCCUGGCAGCCCCAGCACUCCCUGCAGCUUCACGUCGGAUCCUUACAGCUAUUCGUCCACUGCCAGCAACAGUACAAACACGCCAUCUUCGCCGACCAGCCGACCGUCGUUCCAGUAUCCCGGUACUUCGUCAUCCUCCACUGACUCAUCGUACUAUGGUCGUCCGAUACGAGGCUGCUCCACGCCGUACAGCGAUUGCGGUAGUCCGACAUUGGAGUUCUCUCAUCUUCUGGGAUGCAACGGCUCGCGCUCCAAUUCGCCGGCCGACUCGGAGACGAGCGGCGUCGGUAGCGCGGACGGUUCCUUGUCCGACAUAAUAAUGAACUGUUUGUCGCUGAAUUCCUCGUCGAAUUCUUGCUUCCCUCAGUCCUUGGACUCCAUAAUAUCGGGGAAGGCGAACGCGUGCCCGAGCAAUCGGACUGCGUUCGAGCGUAUGGCUGUGAAAAAGUAUUUGUCAUCGUUACAGCAGAAUCCCACAAAUCCGCAUUAUUACCAACAUCAUCACGGGCUCGGGCAGACUCGCAGCAAUUUUCUCAAUUCUCUCCUGAAUUACGAGAAAAAUUGCUGUUCCGCUCUUGGUAGCACUGCGCGUAGGUUGGCCCAGCCGGUCUCGCUCGAUCGGGUAGCGCGUUCCCAUAGAAAUGCCGCUGCACAUUGUUACCCGACGUGCACAUGGAGCGGCUUUCUGCCACAAAGCACCGACGAGCCGGUCGCUUAUUCGCCUAAGGUGUUUCUGGGAGGUGUGCCGUGGGAUGUUACGGAGGCUAUUCUGAUCUCGACAUUCAAGCAAUUCGGACCGGUGCGCGUUGAAUGGCCGGCGAAAGCACCGUCCGCUCAGCCAAAGGGAUACGCGUACAUUAUAUUCGAAUCAGAGAAACAGGUCAGGGCGAUGUUAUCCUGUUGCACUCACGAUAUUACCAACGGCAAGAGGUGGUAUUACAAAAUUAUAUCGAAGCGUUCCAAACCGAAAGAUGUGCAAGUGAUUCCAUGGAUUCUGGAGAACAGCAAUUACGUCAAAUCUUCGUCGCAAAGGCUCGAUGCGCAUAAAACGGUGUUCGUCGGGGCGCUACACGGGAUGCUGACGGCCGCAGGAUUAGCGAAAGUCAUGGAUGAUCUUUUCCACGGAGUCAUUUAUGCAGGUAUCGACACGGACAAGUACAAAUAUCCGAUAGGAUCCGGCCGUGUCACGUUCAGUACGAAGCAGUCGUACUUCAAAGCGAUCACCGCUUCCUUCAUUGAGAUUAAGACUGACAAAUUCACGAAGAAGGUACAAGUAGAUCCGUAUAUCGAAGAAUCGAUAUGCUCCGUGUGCGUCGUACAGCAAGGACAUUAUUUCUGUCGCGAUGCGGUGUGUUUCCGAUACUUCUGUCGCAGCUGCUGGCAGUGGCAGCAUUCCGUGGACUCGAUGUCGCAUCACACACCUCUGACGCGGAACUCGAAGACGAAUCAAGUGAUAGGAUUGAAUUCGAACUUCGGAGUGAACAACUAUCCCCGUAUGUCGAGCAUGGUCUAAAAGAGCGAUGUUCGAAGAGAAGAAAAACUCGUACUCGCGUGGCCACAAUUUUCAGUACUCGCUUUACGCUCGCGCCGUCGUUCUCCUCCACUUUUUGUUCCUUUUGACUUCUUCCGGUACCGACGUUGCGCCGCCUAAUCUCGAACAUUAGGCAACAGGGUGCAGACUAAGUUUUUUUUAUCGCAGAGCCGCGGACAGCUAGUCUGACGAUACACGGGGAUACGCAGGGAUUCGUCGUCAAUUUUCAGCUGCGAAUAAUGCAACGAUUGGUUUGUUAUCGUUAAUGCGCGAGGAGAACAUGAUGGAUGUUGAAAUCGUGUUUGUCAGAAAGUUCCUAUUGCGAACGCAGUUUUUUUUUUUUUUUUUUUUUUACUACGUUCGAGCAAACGAUACUUUUAUUUAGUGCGCUCAUUUAGAAGAAAAGAAAGAAGGGAUAAAGAGAGAGAGACAGGUUCUCUCGUCGAUUUUUUUUUUUACCGCGAAAUAAUAUAGAUUGUGCCAACAGUAUACUGGAUUUACGAUCGUGCAUUUAGGAGUAAAACGCGUAUACACACAUACACGCACGCACACUUAACGAAUACAGACGCACACACACACACACGCACACACACACGCACACGUUUUCGUUAAAGUCGUGAGAGUUGAAUUGUGGUUUUCACAGUGACAAUAAUUUUUUACGCGAGACGAAUAGGCUCCGUUAUGUAUGCAAUUCGAGCUGGGCUCGAAUGGAAAACACACGUAGGAUUCUCAGGAAAUUUAUAUAGCUUCAUCAUCAUGCGUUUAUCGUGUGAAUAAGAAGGAUAUAUUGCGCUUAAUUUAUGAAUUGUUACGAUAUAAUGCUAGAAAGGUGAUUCUAGCAACGGUGUCUCUAAUUAAUAAUUAUGCGAUUAAUUAUUUGUCAUUUAUUACAAUGCGCGCGUGAUAUAUAUCCGAUGUUGAUGUGAUAUAACGGGAGAUCCUUUCCGAUUUGUAUACUCGUACAACUCGCUGAUCGUUCUUCCAUUAAGGAUACGGAUUGUCGAUUGACGUUACACAUUUGUUAAUUUUUACGUUAGAUCACAAUGUAUCUCUUUACAUCCGAUUGCAGCGUGAGCGGCCGCGAUCGAUUAGAGUCGGUCUAACCGAGGCGGGCGGCCGCCGCAAGAUGUGUUUUGCUCACACGGACUGUUUAACGGCUGACGAAAUGGAGAAGUACAUGGUCUACGAUUCUCUGGCGCGGAUUGUAGGGAAUUGAUUCGCUUUUAUUUUUAUUUUUUUUUUCUCUUUCCUUUUUGUUAUCAUGUAAACGAAGAUGUUGCAUCUUUCCUUUGAGUGAAAGGCCUCACCCUUUACCACGCGUUUCUCCUGUUUUGAUACGAUUUUGUCGAAUUAAAAAUCAUAUUUUUGCAGAUACACUGUCUUAUCUCUGUUUUUAUUUACACUUUCUUUUUUUUGCUUCACCACUCAGCUCUCACCGUCGCAAGUAACUAGCAACCCUUCCGCUCGCGUUGAUGCGUGAGAGAUCGAAAGAGUCGGAGCGAUCGUUUUAUCCGCGGUUAGCUCUCACUGUACGUUGCUCUUUACGAUAAUGUUCUAGCUACUUCAUAGUUGAGUCUUAUCAUCGCGCGCCACGCGCGUCUGUUCGUUUUAGCGCGAUGACUGAUGAUGUAACGGGAAUAUUUUAACACAAGCGCACACCGAGUUGCCAACGAAAAGUAGUAGUAAGUAGUGUCGGUAAAAAUAACGGAUACACUCUCAACGGCCGCGAUUUAUCGCCAUAGCGAAGAUGCAUCGUGGUCGGGAAAGUGCAUCUUGUCGCUACAAAAAAGGUCUAAGACUGCUUACCGGAGUGAUAACGAUGAAAUUGCACGUUGCGGUUAAAUACGGCAUGAACAGCACGGUGUGACGCCGAGAGGACGUCAUUGACGACAAUGACGUCUCUGAUGCGCCAAUAUGACGUCCUUUGACGUCCACUCCUGCUCUAUCCGAGGAAGUAGCCGAUAUCCGCUGAUUCGUGAAGGAAUACUUGAUAUGACACGCGAUAUAUAUGUUGUAUAUCCCGUUGAGUAUAUCACAUGUAUAUGGUUCACAUAGAUGACGAUAAUAACGUGGUUGCUACAUAUAUAAGCGAUUAUUAAAAAAAAGUGCUUUAAGACAC